AUGGUUCUCCAUAACAAAAAACCCAAGCAGCAGUUACUUUCAGAGCUUCUCGAACCAAAAACAAUGGCUGAUCAAGUCGAAUCAGACGUUCCCACAGCUGCUCUUGCGAAGAAGAGAACGUUCAAGAAGUUCUCCUACAAAGGAGUCGAUCUCGAAACUCUUCUUGAGAUGCCCACUGAUGAUCUUGUUAAGCUCUUCCCCGCCCGUAUUCAAAGAAGGUUGUCUAGAGGUCUGACGAGGAAGCCUUUGGCUCUAAUAAAAACAUUGCGCAAUGCGAGAUCAAUGUUUUUACCUAAAAACAGAAAAAGGAAUGCACCAGCUGGUGAGAAGCCAGAAGUAAUGAGAACACAUCUAAGGAACAUGGUGAUUAUGCCUGAAAUUAUUGGAAGCAUCAUCGGUGUGUACAACGGAGAAACGUUUAACCAGAUCGAGAUUAAACCGGAGAUGAUGGGACACUACCUUGCGGAGUUCUCAAUCUAG